UCCGUAAUAAUGCACGUCUUUCUAGUGGUUUUGCAAUAUUGAUGCAUUCUAAUUUAUGAAUCGUGUACUGAUAAGUGCAAUGCAAGUUAUUUAACAUUGUUGGCUUGUAUAACCAUGGUAGAGUCGCAUAUAAAACCAACGGAUCCAACAUCCUCGGAUGCAGGAUCAGUUGCUGGCGGAACAGCUGCCGUCACCAACAAUAAUGGACCUUCUGCAGCUAACCUGGAUACAUCAUCGAAAUUUAAAACAAAAAAGGAGAAGAAAGAAAUCGGAGUCGGUGUUAAACGGAUCAAGAAAAACAAAAAGGAAACAACCAAACCUUUGACAAAGGUUGUUAUACGUCGUCUGCCACCUUCCAUGGACGAGGAAACUUUUCGGAAACAAAUCGAUCCCAUACCAGAUCAUGACGAUUUCUAUUUUGUGUCUGGUGAUUGGUCUUUGGGCAAAAAUGCUUCAUCAAGAGCGUACAUCAGCUUUAUUCAUGCGGAAGAUAUUUUCCUGUUCAAGGAUAAAUUCGAUGGAUACAUUUUUGUUGACUCCAAAGGAGUUGAAUUUCCAGCAGUUGUAGAAUAUGCUCCUUUUCAGGAGUUACCUCGGAACCGAUCGCGCAAGAAAGAUGCGAAAGCCGGUACUAUUGAGAUGGAUACUCACUUUUUGGAAUUCCAAGAGGCUCUAGAACAGGAAGAAAAAGAAUCGGCUGGAAAGAGUAAGAGCAAACUUGAAUACAGCUAUCAAAUUAAGGAUGAAAAGAAAAUAACUUCAACACCAUUGCUGGAAUUUAUCGCCCAGAAGAAACAGGAAAAGCGAGAAGAAAAACGUAGAAAAAUGGAGGAAAAGAAAAAACAACGCAAGGAAGAAAGACAGAAAAAAAGUCAGGGGGGCAAACCAACCGUGGACGUGAUAAAAGAAGAAAAAGGGCGAGAAGAUGAUAUUGUGGUUCGAACAGUUCCAUCUCGAUUGGAUCCCAAUCAACAGCCGAGGAAAGAAAUCGGAGUCGGAAAAAAGUCUGGAGAAAAAUCAGAUCUACAGAAAGAUGUGAAAGAUAAAGAAAAGAAGCAGCGCAAUAGAAGAGAAAAGGAUAAAGAUAGAGAACGUCCAAAACAAGAAAAUGAUGCUGGUGAAGCACCAGAAAAAACUCUUAGUCGAAAACAGGAACGAGAUAAGCAACGAAAAGAAAAAGAUAAAGCUAAAAGGCAGGAAGAAAAAGAAAAAAAGCCUCAACCAGACCAACCAAAGCGCGAAAAAGAAUUUGUUGUCAAAGAUGAAAAGAUAGCCGAAGCGUCAAUUCCAUCCUUAACUUCUAAUACAGAUGGGCCCCGAAAGGAAGUAAAAAAGUACAGUGAACGCCGCAAAGAAACACGCGCGCGUGCUGAAACUCGUUUGGCUGAAUUGGAAGAACGCAAGGACAGUGUCCAAAAUGCGAUUACGAGCGAGCACUUCAAAUCCAUCCCAGUCAUACCGAAAAUCGAUAUCAAGAAAAGUGUGCUCACACCACAUGUUGCUCCUUUUAUACCGAAGGAAAAAUCCACUAUCAUUCUAGGGGAGUCGUCGGUUUCUCUUCCGCCCGCAUUUCCGCAAAAAUCUGUCACUCCUACCCCUCCAAUAGAACAACAUCGACCGGAACCGGAGCUGGUAUCAGCUAAGAGUGAAUCGGCCGUUACUUUUUCCGAGGCACCGGCUGCUCCUGAUAGUAGUAGCUCAGCAGAAAGAAAACCCGAUCUAGACGAAAAACUGAAGGAAGCGCGUGAAGCUCGAAAAAUUCGCAACAAACAACGUCCUUCAAUUCAAAUUUAUCAACCAAGAAAACGUUUGAUCUCAGGAGUACCCUCUAACGAUUGCAAGGAAACCGGUGGUGGCGCAAAGAGCGAAGACGACAAGUUGAAAGAUAAAUCCGACUCAGACCGAUCGUCAGACAAAAGUUCGAAGCUUAAAACCAACAGCGAAUCCAUUGAAAAGGGAGGCAAGCGGCACAAGUUGACAAAGAAGGCUUCCGACCGCGAGAGACCCCGUGAUCGACGCUGCAGACGUAAAAAUUCUACCGAUGGCGAAGGAGACGCUGGCCCCGCCGCCGCCACAGAACGAAAAGCAAUUUCCAGGCGAAAUUCCGGUGAAGAGCAACAGCCGUCCCCAGCGGAACCAGCUAGCUUGCCGUCGCAUACGGAGGAAAAACAGGAAACGGAGGGCGUGGCGGAAGUUGCAGAAGCACUGGAGGAAGUUAAAUUGAACAGUUAAAUUAGUUUUUGUUUUUGUUUCCGGAAGCAGUACAUACCUUUCGAAAUAAACGUUCAA